GCGUUCUGACCUCACAAUGGCAGUGUAGCACCCAAACUAUCGAAAAGUUGGCUAGGUUGCCAACUACUUCCAGACACAAAUGCGGGAAUACCUCACUGACCAUUCUACUCGCCCUAGCAGAGCUAGGUUGCCCACGUUUACUGCGCGUUUGUACAUAUUAUUCUGCGCCCUGGUACUCAGACGAGAGUGCUCUGAAAUCGGAGUAGUUAGUGAAUUUACGAACGCACCUAGUGUGGCUACCUCACGUGCCUGUUAACAAACACGUAUUUAUGUUUUAUUAUGACAUCUCAAUAGAAUGAUAUAGAUCACUACAGGAUAUUGUCAUACGCGUGGCAGAAACCUAUUGAAAAGCGACGAUAAAACACAAAUGUCGUACAGCAAAAGACAGGGCAGUAUGCAGCCAGCGGAUACAGAGCAGCCAACGACGCUGACUCUGCAAGAACAGCGACUCCGCAUACAACAAUUAGAGCGGCAGGCCCAGGCAGAGUACAGUGCUGCCAAGGAGAUUUUAGAGAAUGAUCAGAAAGCCCCACAUGGUGGAAGGACCCUGAGCAGGUUACUGUCCAAGCCAGGACUGUCAAUGGAGAGCAUUGUGGAGCGGGAGAAGCGUAGGCGGUGUACUCUGAUAGAGCAGCACAACGGGUUGCAGUGUUCUGUGAGGGCCAAGGGGUCUCAGCUGCUGGAGAUGGAGCAGGCCAUGAAAGCCCUGGAGCUGGACUCCAAUACGGACGGAGACGAGCAGCACUACGACCAGCGUGUGAGAGAGCUGGAGAACAGUCUAGAAAAGAUGACCAUCAAAAUCACAGAGGCUGAGAGGAUCCAAAAAACCUACCUGCGAGUCUGCGACCACCUACAUCGGGAGGUGCGUGAGAUGCCCAUGGCUCUGGAUCAGCUGCAGAACUCAGUGGUCAGCGGGCAGACAGAGCUGGGAAAGGUGGCCCACAUGUCUCACACCGCAGUGGCUGCUGUGGACUGCACUAAGCUGGUUCAGAUGGAGAGGCAGCUAAUGGUGGAACGCAGGAUGAUGGAGAAGGAGUUGAGUGAAAGGAGGGGAGUGAAAGAGAAGGAGGUGGAGGGUCGGCUGGAGAGAGAGAGGGAGGGAGAGCGACGAAGCAGCAAAGGAGCUCAGAAGCUGAAAGAGCAGGUUCGAAGAGGGACUAUCAGAGAGGGACUGGCUGAAGAGUCGGCUCAUAUCAGAGCCCAGCAGACCGCCCCGGUCUCCACUACUCCCCAGUCCAUAGUCAAACUGGUGGAGGAUAUUGAUACUCUGAGAGAAGCUCUCAGCUGCACUGAUCUGCAGGAGCUGGAAACACGGCUGGUCUCUCAGAAGGCCGUCAGGGAGCAGCUGCACAGCCAAAUGACCCAGUGUGAGGAGCUGGUCAGACAGAGCAUGGAGACCUUUGCUGCCUUGGAGCUCCAGUACGCCCAGCUCAAGUUCAGCGCUGGGCCCAGCUCUGACAGGUUUGAGCGGCUGAAGGAGGAAAUGCAGGCGGAGCUUGAGCAGGAAGAGGAGCGUUGCAGCCAUUGGGAGGACAAGCUUGGAAAGGCCCAAUCAGUGCUACAUGGGGUGGAGAAGGGUGUCAACAACCUGUUCUUCAGGAUGAGCUGCGUGCAAGUGAAGGACUCUCCCAGGGAGUUGGGGGGUCUGGAUGCAAUAGAGAAGCUGAGGGAAAUCGGCGCCCGUCUGCCCACACUGCAGACCACAGCUUCAGAGAAGACCGAGGAAAACACAGCUGACCAUGAGAAGGUGUGGAGCUUCCUGGAGCAGAGCACCAUGAUGGAACCCAGGAACUACAAGAGGGCCAGCAGCCCUGUGUAUGACAGUACCUCAGAAGAUACAUUCCAGUUCCGCGGUCAGGAGGAGGACUGCUCCAUGUCCCGCGAUGAGAUCAAGCGUCGCAGCAUCCAGCUGAUCGAGGUGCACCAGCCAAAGAAGAAAGCCCAGAAGAGCAACACAAAGAGCUAGAGACAAGCGCCAGCUGUGUCCCUCUAUAUCCUACAGGAAGUAAACCUGAGGAAAUAAUAAACAGGCUCAUAGUA